AGAUCCAGGACGAGGAGGAGGAGGAGCGGCUGAUCGCAGGAGGAAGAGGAGGAGAGGAAGAGUAUGGGCUGCUCCUGUGUGUGGAUCUUCCUGCUGUGCCUGUCUCUCUCCCAUCAAAGAGUCACCGCACAAACUGAAGCGUGCAGGACCGUGGUGCAGGCGGACAUAGUUUUUCUGGUGGACACCUCGUGGAGUGUGGGUCAGACCGGCUUCUCCAGUGUUAAAGGCUUCAUCUCGACCGUGGUCUCCUCCUUCAGGGACAGUGUGGUGGGAGCCGAGGGGGUCCGAUUCGGCGUUACUGUCUUUGGGGAUGUCCCGAGGAUGCGGAUCGCUCUGACAGACUACAGUUCCCUGGAGGAGGUGCUCAGAGCCAUCAGGGACCUCCCGUAUGACGGUGGAUCCAGGAGGAUGGGCUCUGCCCUCCAGUAUCUGGUCGACCCGGUUUUCAGCCCUGCCAUCAGUCGGGAUCACGCUCCAAAGAUUGCAGUUUUGAUCACAAACGGACCUUCGGAGGACCUGGUGGACGCCACAGCCACAGUGGCGGCUGACAACGGCAUUUCUCUCUUUGCAGUAGGGGUCUGGGGAGCGGAUGAAUCCGAGCUGAGGAGGAUUGUGGCCCAGCCCCACGAGGAGCACCUCCUGCUGGCUGCUGACUACUCCCUGCUGGAGCCGGUUCUUCUCAAACUGUCCCGCAGAGUGUGCGUCACAGCCUCUGAGCCACCGCGUCCUGUGAAAACUUCCCAACCUGUCGAGGAGCGUGUGGUCGGCCCCAGGGACCUGCAUGUCAGCGAGUUGGCCCACAGCUCCCUCAGACUGACCUGGAGCCAGGCCACAGGUGACGUCACCGGCUAUCGCCUCCUGGUCACCCCUCUCUCCUCCAGGGGGCACCUCCUCCCGCUGCAGCAGAGACAGAUCGAGCUGAAGGCAGACGUGAGCACAGCACUGGUCUCAGAUCUGACCCCUAAAACAGACUAUUCCUUUACCGUCUAUGCCGUCUACCCUGACCUCAUUGGAGACUCUGUAACCAUCACCGGUCAGACAACCCCUUUACCCCAGGUGUCAAACUUCCGUGUCAUCGAGGAGGGUUUGUUCUCGCUGCGUCUGGGCUGGACGCCUCCUCAAGGGAAGCUCAACGGAUUCAAGCUCUUCAUCCCAAGAGCCAACCGACCGGGAUUUAUUUACGAGCAGCUGCUUCCUGGCGACACCUCCUCUCACGUGAUUGACAACCUGGACGAGGACAAGAAGUACACCAUCAAUAUCUACGCUGUUUUCCCGCAGGGACCAGGCGAGCCAGUUUCCAUAGUGGGCAAGACGUUGAAGCUGUUGCCAGUUCAGCAGUUCCUGGUCCAAAAUGCCACCACAGACACGGUCCAGGCGCGGUGGACUUCAGUCAAGGGCGCCACAGGAUAUCGUCUGACGUGGGCUUCUCAAGAUGAUCACAUAGAAAACGUAAACCUUGGGGACAAUUUUAACUUCUACAUGAUCCAGGGCCUCCACUCAGGCUCGGACUACACCAUCACCAUCAACCCCAUCUUUGGAGACAGCGAGGGCCCUGUCACCACCACCAAAGCCAAGACAUUGGAGAGCAGCACAGUCCAGACCCUGAAGGUGUCGGCUGUCACCACCAGUUCUGCCGUCAUCUCCUGGAACAGCGUCCCCGGGGCCACAGGAUACAGACUCACCUGGGGACCCACUCCAGAGUUUACCGGGCGGGACCGCCCCAGGCAGUUGGCUUUGAAUGGCAGCACCACGGACCACCAUCUGAAGAACGUGGUCCAUGAUACAGAGUAUGUCCUGACUCUCUACGUGCUGUUUGGAUCCCUGGUGGGACCCGGUAUCAGCGCCACCUUCAGGACCUCUCCUCUGGGCUACGUGUCCGACUUCAAGGUGACGUCCUACACCAGCACGUCCAUAGAUCUGGAGUGGAGUCCCAUCGUGGGGGCCACGGAGUACAAACUCACUUGGGACACAGACGACAGGAAACCGCAUUCCCAUUACCUGGACCGCAGUGUUCUCUUCCACCGCAUCGAGGACCUGAGCCCGCAGUCCCCCAUCACAAUCACCAUCGCUGCAGUGUACGGCAACUCGGAGGGACCAGAACUCUUCUUGACUCAGCUCACAGCUGCUGUCUCGGACUCAGAGCCGAUCCCGGCAGUGAGGAAGCUGAAGGUCGGGGACAUUGGAGUGAACUUCUUCACCCUGUCCUGGAGCAAAACACCAGGGGCUUCUGGGUACAAAAUCUCCUGGGUCCCCUUCCUGGGGGGCGACGAGAAGUUCCACCUGGCAUCUGCCGCCUCCACCAGCUUCACCAUCAGGAACCUGCGGGAGAGCUCGGCCUAUAAGAUCCAGGUGUCGUCCAUGGUGGCCAACAGGGAGGGGAGCUCGGUUCUGGUCACUGCGAGGACCCUGGAUCUUCCCAAAGUGAAUGGCUUCGCUGCUCUGAACACGACAGACCGCAGCAUCGUUCUGAACUGGACUCGAGUCGCCGGUGUCUCAGGCUACCUUCUCUCCUGGAGGCACAUCUCAGUGUUGGAGACCAAAUCCGAGAGGCUGGGCCCCGGUUUCUCCUCGCUCAAGAUCAACGACCUGCUCUACGGCCGGACAUACAUCUUCACCAUCAGACCUCUGUACGGAGAAGUGGAGGGGCCUAUCAGCACUGUGUAUCAAAGGAUAUUGGAACCAGAUCCUCCAGUGGUGACAGUCCAGCCAGUGGCCGCCACGGCAGCUCCCCAUCCCCCCCGCAUCACGCCUGCCUCACAGGCUGCCACCGGCAGGCAGAAGCCCGGGAGGACGACCCGGCAACCCAUCGCUGUGCCACCCACAAAAAAAAAAAUAACCGCCACAAAACCUCCAGCUCGGCCAAAAGUCACCGAGGCCAAACCCGCUCAAUUAACCACAGUCAGUACGGAGACAUCAGCUCCACCACAAUCAGCAUGUGGUAAGAGCAAAGCAGAUAUAGUUUUCCUAGUGGACGAGUCCUCCAGCAUCGGGGCUAACAACUUCAUCAAGAUGAAGGACUUCAUAUUCCGUGUGACCACCUACUUCCCCGUGGUCGGUCCUGAGGGAACACAGAUCGCUGUGGUUCAUUACAGCGACGAGCCUCGAAUCGAAUUCGGUCUGAAUGCCUUCAAAGAUAGAAACUCUGCGCUCCGGGCACUCAGGGAACUGCGUUACGGAGGAGGCAACACCAAGACGGGGAAAGGCAUCAGCUACGUCCUGCAGGAGCUCUUCCAGGAGCCUCUGGGGAUGAGGCCGGAUGCGGCUCAUGUUCUGGUCCUGAUCACAGACGGCAGAGCCCAGGACGAUGUGCUGCCUCCCUCCAGAUUUGCCCGCGCUCUCGGCGUCAGCGUCCUGGCGGUGGGAGUUUCCAACGCGGACAUGGACGAGCUGAUCAAAAUCGCAGCUCCCACCAGCUACAAGAACAUUUUCUUCUCGCCGACGUUUGACGACUUUCCUUCCAUCGAGAGGGAGUUCAUCAAAACCAUCUGCAGUGAGGAGCUCCUGUCCGAGUUCAAACUGCACGAGGAGUCUGCUCAGCUGGACACCCCCACUGAAGACCCAGAGGAGAUGGUCAAACCUCAGGGUCCCUGCCCCUCCCAGUGUGUGAAGGGCCAGAAAGGGGAAUCGGGGGGCGGUUUGGGUCUCGGAGGUCUGAAAUUCAGGCAAAGCCCUGGACAGUACGAUCCUUUCACUUCCUCCAAAGGAGAAAUGGGAGAGAAGGGACCAGCAGGAACAGAUGGUGUUCCUGGGUUGCCUGGGCGACCAGGGAGAACUGGACCCCCAGGUUCUGCCGGCCAGCGGGGCUCUCCUGGCGUCCCAGGUGACCUGGGUCAUCCUGGACCGGCUGGUUUAAAGGGACAAAGAGGAGAGAGAGGAGAGCCCGGAUACGUUAUAGCUGGAAUGGAUGCAAACUACGUCCCUGGACGGAAAGGAGAGCCAGGAUCUUCAGGACCUCAGGGGCCUCCUGGUGUAUCAGGGGUCAAUGGGGCCACAGGCCUGCCCGGUCAGCCAGGACCUAGAGGGUCACCUGGAAUCUCUGUCAAGGGAGAUCCUGGAGAGCCAGGAGCAAAAGCUUUACGUGGGAAACCAGGCGGGCCAGGAGACAAAGGAGAUCCAGGAAAAGAUGGUGCUGCAGGUUUGCCUGGUCCCAUCGGUCUAGAUGGGAUUCCAGGAUUACCAGGUCAGAAAGGAGUGAAGGGUGACGAAGGAAUUGGUAUACAAGGUAUCCAAGGUGCUCGUGGAGAGCAGGGAGAGAAGGGAAAUAUUGGUUUCCCGGGAGCAGUCGGCCCAAAGGGCGACCUUGGAGAACAGGGCAUCCAGGGAAUCAUCGGACCUCGGGGGAAGAAGGGAUUCAAAGGGGAGCAGGGAGACAAGGGAGAUCAAGGAGUGAUUGGACCAAUCGGACCAAAAGGACCCACAGGAUUCACUGGACCCAUGGGGUUAAAAGGAGACGAGGGUCUGAGAGGAGCCCCGGGAGACCCUGCCAAGGGGAUACUUGGGCCGACUGGAAAGAAAGGUGCCAGGGGAGACAUCGGCCCGGUCGGCCUCACGGGCCCCCAGGGAAUCAAAGGGGAACAAGGAGGCAAAGGAGAUAAGGGGAGUCCUGGUUUUGGGAUUCCAGGACAGCAGGGACCAAAGGGAGAGAACGGUGAGAGGGGAAAUGUUGGUUUGUCCGGAAGAUCAGGACCAAAGGGAUUGGACGGCUUUAAAGGGGACAAAGGGAAUAUUGGGUUCCCUGGCAAUCCUGGAGAACCAGGAUUAAGAGGUAAAGAUGGCGAACCCGGAACCAAAGGAGACCAAGGAAUCAAGGGUGAACUAGGUCCACCUGCAGGGCCUGGUGACAGAGGAAUCAGGGGUCCACUGGGGCUACCAGGACGACCAGGGGACCCAGGACAUAAAGGAGAUAGUGGGAAAGAUGGGCUGCCAGGUACAGAUGGAAAGAGAGGCGACAAAGGCGAGCAGGGGAAACCUGGACCUCCGGGAGCACAACUUGUUGCAGACAACAAUAUAUUGACAAGAGUGAUUAAGGGUGAACCAGGAGAGCCGGGUCCGUCUGGCCUGAGAGGAGAAGCAGGUCUACCUGGAUCACAGGUGAGUGUCAGAAACCUACUGAAUAUACAGCGAGGUGGCUCUGGGAGAGUUGGACUUGAUGGUUUACCAGGGAAACCAGGAGCGAAGGGGGACCAGGGACUGAAGGGCGAGCUGAGUCCGAAAGGAGACAAAGGAGACCAGGGCCGAAUGGGAAUCGCAGGAAUGCCUGGUUUACCUGGAACUCCAGGGAGAUCUGGCAUCGAUGGGAAGCGAGGCCUGCCAGGAAACCACGGAGAACUAGGGAGCAAAGGAGAUGACGGCAAAACGGGCGAUAAGGGAGACACAGGGGCAAAUGGUAAAGACGGCAGCAAGGGGGAGGCAGGACCUCCAGGUUUGCCUGGUAGACAGGUGCUUGUCACUCCAGAGGGCGCCACCACCGACGACGUCCGCCAAGCCUUUCCAAUCCCGAUGGGUCCUCCAGGACCUACGGGCUCACCAGGAACAAAGGGUGAUCAGGGAGGACAAGGCCUGAACGGAGAGAAGGGUGACGCCGGAGCUCCUGGAAAAUCAAUAGAGAUGAAGGACAUUGAAAUCAUGUUUGAAGCCUACGGCAUACGGCUGCCUCUGCUGAAGGCUUUGAUCGACCGGCUGCUGCAGGAAGGAAUAGAGGAGCUGCUUCAUGUGCUCGGCACCGUCAAGAGCACAAAGGAAAAAACAGACACUCACACGUCCAACGUCAUCACCGAGAACAGCAGUCCAGUGAACUUUGACCUCACGGGCCAGACGAGGUCAGACUUUGAUGUCACUGAAGACCCAGAUUUGGACGGAGGGUUCCCAGAUUCAACGUCAGUCUGAGUAACCACAUCACACACUGGUUUCCUCCCACUGUUCAGAUCGACACUGUUACUGAUCCUCUGAACCCUGAACGUAAAGCAGGAGCUGGAGAGGAUUGAGACCAAGUUGAACGGAUCCAGAUGGACCAAGACGGUGGAUGGAAACAAUGACAAAGUGUCUUCACUAAAAAUCAAUCGCACUGAAGUCAAUUCUACUUAUAAUUCUACUACGGCUCAGGAGACGGUUUCAGGAUUACCCGAAACUGUGGUGGAGAAAGUUCUCCUCACUCAGGACGACUCCCUGAAGAAGAGUUCAGGACAGAAGAAGAAGAACAGGGAACGUGGGAAGGGCAAAGGAAAUAAAGGACGACAUAAGAGGCAGAGACACCGCCUGACAAGUGGCGAGCAAGUUGAAGAAGAAGACGAGGAGUUUUAUAACGCUGAAGAAUACGAUGAUGAAUAUGAGGAAGAAGUUUCCCCACACGACUCUACCACUCUACAGGAGAGCCGAGACAGAGAGGCCGCCUCGACAACCACAGACCCCUCGUCUCAACCCCUGGAGGAUGUGGAGGAGGAUGAAGCGUCUCUGCCUUCGCCUCCCUUCACGACAGAAGAACCAGACAAGGUGCCUCAAUCUCAGCUGAGGGUGAGAAGAGGCGCCCCCUGGCCCGAUUUCACUGCAUUUAUGCCAGGCGCCCCUGGUGGAAGGAAUCGCUUCAAGGAGGAACAACAUCAUCCGUCCUCUGGAGCUGCAGGUUUCCGCGGCUUCAAUAGGCAGCAGGAGAACCCUGAUCUUCACAAACCCACCAGGAGGGAGAGGCAGGAGAGAAGAGGGAGUGAGGUUCAUGCAGAUAUGCAAGGUGGAGGAGGUAAAGAGACUAAAGAGGAAGAUGGGGAAGAGUGGAAGCUGGAAAAAGAGGAAGAAGUGGAGCCGGAUGGAUUUACCGAAACCUUCCCUGAUCCGGUUUAUGAGGAGGAGGAGAGGAGCGGAGACUACGACUGGGAUGCUGAGGAGGAUGUGGAUCGAGAGAGGGAAAGAGAGGAGGACCUGGAGAGGGAGAGAGAGAGGGAGCGGUUGGAGAUGGAGCGAGAGCGAGAGGAGCUGGAGAAGGAGAGGGAGGCCGAGCUGGAGAAAAUGGAGCGAGAGAGGGAGACAGAGGAGGGGGAGAGAGACCUGGACAGGGAGAGGGAGGAGUGGGAGAGGAGGAGGCAGGAGAUGGAGAGGGGGAGAGCUGGAGGUUAUGAUGAGACUGGACAGCCUUACCCAUACCCUCCAGAGUAUUUCCACCUGAAGGGACAACCAGGGGAGAACGGAAAACCAGGACCAAAGGGCGAAAUUGGUGAAUUGGGACAAAAGGGAGAACCAGGCACCGGCCACAGAGGACCUGAGGGCCAGGCUGGUCCUCCGGGACACAAGGGGGAGCCAGGUGAGCCUGGGCCUCCGGGUGCUCAGGGCAUCCAGGGAAUCCUGGGUAACGCAGGCAUCCAAGGCUCACCGGGCCACAGGGGUCCGCCAGGGGAUCCAGGGGAGCCGGGCAGAGACGGCGAGCGAGGUAAAAGGGGGAAGAACGGAUCACCUGGAGCUCCUGGACUUCGAGGACCACCUGGCUCUCAUGGUCCGCUUGGUUUAUCUGGAGUAAAAGGAGAAAAGGGGGACAGUAGUCCAGGAGAACCGGGUGCCAGGGGUUUGACCGGUUUCCCAGGCAGAAGGGGAGAAAUGGGUCCUCUGGGUGUUAAAGGAUCUCCGGGUAAUAUGGGUUCGAAAGGAUUACGAGGCAGCAAAGGAGAAAGGGGAGAUAGUGGGCUACCGGGAAUCACAGGAGAGCGGGGGAGUGUGCUUCAGAUCCAAGGACCUCGAGGAUUUAAGGGAGUCAAAGGAAUUCCGGGUGAGCGAGGUCCACCGGGUUUCGAUGGCGACAAAGGAGAAAAGGGCGAAGACGGACCUCCUGGAUUCAAGGGCUUGAAGGGUGACGCCGGCACCAAGGGGGCAUUGGGAAGGUUUGGAGCACGAGGACCUGUGGGGCAGAAGGGAGAUCCAGGAGAGCCAGGACUCAACGGAGUGAUGGGUCGCAGCGGGGAUCACGGAGUGGACGGGGCCAAAGGGGACAAGGGAGAUGUGGGACUGCAAGGUCAAAAGGGUGAUCAGGGCGACUCAGGGGAAGCAGGGUUACCAGGAGCCAAUGGGGAGAAAGGAGAGAAGGGUUUCAGAGGAUUACCCGGACGCAUCGGGAAUCCAGGCCUCAAUGGAGAGAAGGGAGAAAUGGGGAUACCCAGCGCCCCUGGUAUGCCCGGACUGAAUGGACUCACGGGUCGCAAGGGUGACAAAGGGCAAGGGGGAACCAGUGGAGUUGAUGGUAAACCAGGAGUGAAAGGGGAAAGGGGUGUAUCAGGGUUUGCGGGUUUCCCCGGUUUUAAGGGUUCAGCAGGGAGUCCAGGCAGGGCCGGAGAUGAGGGGCCAUCAGGGACCCCAGGUCCUCGGGGGGGCGGUGGGCCUAAGGGGGAGAGGGGCCGAAGAGGAAAAGUGAAGCCGUGUCAGAGGGGAGCGUCAGGGACACCGGGACACAAUGGACCGAGUGGCAUAGUUGGAAGUACAGGAGGAAAGGGGGAGAAGGGAGAUCCUGGACUCUCAGCUGAAGACGUGAAGGAGCUAGUCACGCAGGAGGUGGCAGAUAAGUGUGGACUGGAUUACAAGUUCAUGGUAAGGUCAGUGGAUCCAGAUGGAACAACAGCAACGACUGAGAGUAAAAACGAGCCGGGAGAUGUGGUGCUCUCUCUCUCUCGUGACGGAGAGGGAGGAGAAGAACAUGGAGACAGGGCGGGGGAAGUGGACAGUCCUGCCCCUGGGAUCCUUGGAGAAGAAGGGAUGAUACCAAACCGCACUGAUUCGGUUGAUGGAGCGACGGCGGAGCGGAGCCAGAGGAAGAAAAGAAAAGUAUUUGGAGAGAACGCAGCUGCUGACCGCUGUCUGGAGCCCAUGUCAGAGGGGACGUGCUCAGAGUACGUGCUGCUCUGGUACUUCCACCGGCGCUCGGGGGAGUGCCGGCCAUUUGUGCACGGCGGCUGCGGCGGCAACCGAAACCGGUUCUCCACCAGGCAGGAGUGUCAGAGCUGGUGUGGGAAGCAGAGGACAGGCACUGAACCCUGGAGAUGA